AUAUCAAUAAAUUUAAUUUAAAACAUUAUAGAGGAUAACAUGCUGUUUGGUCUGAUGGUAUAACUGUCGUAGGCCUAAUAUUGUAAGACGUUUGUAUUUGUCUUUGUAGAGCUUCCGCAAACAAAUCUUUAAGCCUUGAAUUUACACAAGAGAUACAUAGUUUACAUGCGAAAGUACCCUUAGAACGGGAAAGAUUGUACAUAAAUGAUCUCAGACUCAAUUUUUUGAACAUUGAAAAUAAUUUUGGAUAUAUAAAAAUGCUGAAAACCCCCUUUGACAUGCAUGUUUUAACGUUUAAACGUGUUUGAACAAAAUAGAAAACAGAUGUUACUUUCAAUAUGUAAUUUUCAAACAUUAAAGUGAAUUAACUUUUAUCGGUAAUCCAGAAAUAACACCCAAUUGGGAUCACAUUUUUACGCGACAAAGAAUCUGAUUGGGUAUGAAUACUUCAAUAUUAUAUUUCGAUUUAACAAAGAGGAAUAUUCAUGAAUAUAUUGUUUAAAUGUCGAUAGAAACCACAUCUUAAUGGAGCACGAGUUGUAAAUCAGUUAACAACUUAUUUAAAUAAUAUUCCGCUGAGACGAAACACUGAAACACAUUAACAUGUAUCAAUAAUCUGAUGAGGCACUUGGGCUAUUCGAGAGCGGCGUUUAAUAAAAUAAAACGUUUGGUGCGGCACUUCAUCAAAGAGGCGCUCAUUGAAAUAUUUACGGUAUAGUUUACAGGUUGAAACUACGAAUCGAAGAUGGCCGAAGGGAUCUCGCUAAAGGGUAUUGAUAAUUUUGGAAAUACAAUUGAGACAUGUCACAAAAAUAGCAACAAGGAAGAUGCCACAUUGGGUACAACUUCUGUAAAUGUUUGUGGCACCGAUGCAUCUAGUAACCAAGAAUUACAGGCUACACUGACAGCUCAACCUGGUCAGCAUUUGAAACGUAAUAAAUACCCAUAUCUGAUUGCAACAUUUGCCGUUUCAACUUGUAUAGCCUCCAUUGUGUGCGCCAGUAUAGUUAUAUAUGCAGUGUUAAAUUCAGGAGAUACUGUAAGCACUCGAGCAGAAGGCAGUGUGCCUACAUCAAUUUCAGGUGACCAUCCUGUCAAUCGCAGCACCGUACAGUGCGUCAGUAUCACUGAAUUACGAUUGAAAGCUAAGGACAAGAUGAAAAGUCGUUACCUUGACAAUAACAGAGAAUUUUCAACUGAAUUUCAACCGGUGGGCUGUCUUCAUAUUCCGCAAGGUAACUGCAGUGGAGUCUUGCCCUACGCAAAAACAUUCAUUCCCAACAAAUACGUUGAUUCAUUUGAAACAGCUAAAAAUUACCUAGAAGAAAUCAGUGGUCUACAAGAUUGCGAUACGCAUGCUCUGUAUGUAGUAUGUUCUUGGCUAUAUCCACCUUGCAUUACUGACACACUUCAAGUAGUGCCCUGUAAAGGUGUUUGCGAGGGUGUGGUUAAUGGUUGCCAAGAAAUCUUUAAUACGACAGCCAUUGGAUCGGAGCUUUCUUGUGACUAUUCUCCUGUAGGUGAAGCUAAUGAAAUGGAUUGCCGACAAAGCUGCUCAUAUAACAUUUACUUAAACGUUGGUGAAGUGUUUCAAUUCACAUCUCCAAACUAUCCACUGGCUUUUCCUUCUAACACCUAUUGUGUCUGGCUGAUAACAUCUCCACGGUCUACCAGAAUCAAAUUCAAAUUUACAAAUGUCGAUCUCGCCGAGGAUUUUGAUCAUCUUCAACUUAGCUCCAAACAUAAUCCUUAUGAAUAUUACAAACGUGAAGUGACGAAUGAUAUCGAAGUUUUUACAGUCCUAAAUUGGGCUUCUGUGAUUUUCAAAAGCCACAAUAUAGUCAACAUGAAGAGAGGAUUCUCUGCAGAGGUUACAGCUAUCGAUAAGAAAGAUGCUUUAUCCUGUACCGGAAAUUGGUGGGAUAAACUUACAUUUAUUACAAGUUUAAACGAAGAUGAACUAUGUGAUGGUCAAGAAAAUUGUGAAAAAUAUAAAGAUGAUGAGUAUUUAUGCCGAUCAGAAUGUGGAUAUGAUGUCUUGUUGACAGAUGAAAAUAGUGUCGAAGUCUUAUCAUCUAUGAAUCACUCCAAGGCAAUUGAACAGUGUAUAUACACAUUCACAAGUCCAACACGUACUAAAUUAAAGAUGGAAUUUCUGAGUUUGAAAGGCGCCGUGAGCGGUUGCAACUUUAAAAUGGGUGCAGGAACAAAUCCAUUCAAUACAACUAGCGAAUUUACAUCAUUGCCUCUGAUAUCUACUGGAAUUGAUCUCCCCGGAAACAUGGCUUGGAUAUGGUUCGCACAAACUCCAGAGAACUCUAGCUUUGUGGUUCGCUUGAGUUCAUUCAUUGAGAGUAAAAUCAUUAACAUUGCGGCUAAUGAUUCAUAUAUCAUAGACAAUAAUUCGCAUUCGAUCAACUCUUGGCUUGAAUACGGUUGUUUAGUUUUCAAGUCUUCGUCUGGUUAUCAUUUCAAGUUGACGUUUUUGAAUGAUAUCUUGGACUUAAGAAAGACGUCUGAAUUCUAUGACCCAGGAUAUAACAAGAUAGCUUUUGGUUUAGGAUCGGACUCAUUGAAGUACAAUGUAUUCACAUUAGAGUCUGAUUACGACGACAUGUUGGAGUUGUACACGGAUGCUAUUUGGUUGAAAAUGGACGGAUAUGGGCCGUAUGCUAUUGGAAUCACUAUUUCAACUAUACUUACAAGAGAAGAUUAUAGGACACACAUACUUGUUAAGGAUGUUGCAACAAUAACAUAUCCAUCGUCAGAGAUUGGCAAUGUUGAAGAAAGCAGUAAUGUUUCUACCACAGUAUGGAUAGUCACAUCUAUAAGAUACCCGAAUAUUGCAGUGAAAUUUAUCAACUUCUCUUAUGGAACAUCUGAAUUUAACUUUAUUACUAUUGGACACGGUGUUAAUACUGAAUUGUCGUCCUCAAUCCUUUUCCAAGGUCUUGCUUUAGAUUUCCAAAGAACGCUUCCCCAUGAUUUAAUUAUUCAUUAUUCAACAUUCUGGGUUCGACAUACCUCAUACCGACGAAUAAAUGAUACACGUUUUUCUAUGGAGCUUCGAGGCCUACCAGAUAGAGACAAUAUAAUAUGCCCCACGAAAACUGUGCAAGAUAUCUGUGAUGAUGAGUUUGAUUGUCCAGAUCUUAGAGACGAAAUAGGCUGUGUUGAUCCAGGUAUCUCUUGCGGCCAGAGACCUCUUCACCCAGACGUACGUACCAAACGAGUAAUUGGUGGAACGGAACCGCUUCCUGGUAGCUGGCCCUGGCAAGGUCUCAUCUUCUAUGGGGAUUCGCCUAAGUGUGGCUGUACCCUCAUCAAUGAAUUAUAUGUAAUUUCAGCAUCUCAUUGCUUUUCAGGAUCUAAUAACAUACUGGAUGAUAUUAGAGUUAUGUUUGGAAGUAAUAAACGUCUGAAUUUCUCGGCCAAUCAUUUCAUCGUAGCAGUAUCCUUAGUUUACCUUCUUCCAGGAGAUAUACCGUAUGAACAUAAUGAUGAAACCGACUUUGUGCUGAUGAAGCUGUCUAGGCCAGUACCAUUUACAAAUUACAUUCGUCCGGCAUGCAUUUCCAGCAGUUACAACCAAUUCACAGAAAAUGAUGUGUGCUAUGUUACCGGAUUUGGUGUUCAGGGUACAGGUGGACCCAUUGUCGCGAUGCAUGAGGUUCCAGUGGACCUUUUUAGCAGCGAAAAGUGCAACGAAUUUCAAGGAACAGCUAUGAGAAUGACAGAAAACGAAAUAUGUGCUGGAAGACGUGAGGGCGGCAUGGAUACUUGCCAAGGUGAUAGUGGUGGUCCACUCGUUUGCCUAGGAGAAGAUGAGAAAUGGUAUCUUUUUGGGAUAACGAGCUAUGGACAGGGUUGUGCCGAAAGAUUUCGACCUGGCGUGUAUCAUCGUGUUUUUCCGUAUUUGGAUUUCAUUGAUAACAUUUUGAAUGCAGAACAUGAGACUUAGUGCUGACAGCAUUGUGUGCAAGUACGGUUUAAAUAUUA